GCUAGCAGUCUCUCAGCGCUGACCUCGCGUGCGACUACCGCCACCCUGCUCUGAAGAUGAAGCGCGUCUUUGGUGCCGUGUCUGGCGCUUUCAGAUCCCUCGUUCCCAAGGCAACCGCGCCGGCCGCACAUCAUCAGGAAUCGGUUCGGAAGGCGAUGGAGUCUCUCGCGCCCCCGGGCAGGAGGUUGCCGUCCGAGAGCAAACCGCUGGUGAUGGAGCUCGUGGCAGCUGCUUCAGAGGGGGACAAGGAGAAGGAACUCUCGCUGCUGAAGACCCCAGAGGACAUGUUCCUUGCUGCUAACGCUUUCCAUCAGGGCAAACACAUACGGGCGGACAAGGAGACCGCCUUUGCGCUCUGGAAGAAAGCAGCAGAAGCCGGCCACCCCAAAGCCAUGUACUCGUACGCCGGCUGCUUGAGGAAUGGGGACGGCACCAAGAAAGACCUCCCCACAGCGGUGUCGCUGUUCGAGCGAUUGGGGGACCAGGGCUUGCUUGAAGCCAAGCACGCGCUAGGGUUAGUGUUGUCUUCGGGCGAGGGGGAGGAUGUGGGAAUCCCCCAGGACGAGGAGCGUGCGCUCGGGCUCUUCAAGGCCGCUGCGACUGGCGGCUUCGUUCCCGCGAUACACGCCGCGGCAUCCAUGAUGGAGGCUGGCAAGGGGGGAGAGAAGGAGGACGCCAAAGCCGUCCAGUGGUUGGAGGUGGCCAUGGAGGCUGGGGAUCCCAUGGCGUACUCUACCCUCGCAACGUGGUAUACAGCUGGCAGGGCGGGCCUAGAAGUGGAUCACAAGAAGGCUUUCGAGCUUCACCUUAAGGCGGCCAACAUGAACAUGCCCCGAGCGCAGUACAACACGGCCGUUCACUACCUUGAAGGCACCGGAAUCGAGCAGAACCUCCCGGAAGCGGCGGCAUGGUUCGAACGAGCGGGGGCCUUGGGGAUGCCGCAGGCGAUGCUCAACCUAGGGAAAAUGUUGGAGAACGGUAUCGGUGUCGAGGUGGAUCGAGAGCGAGCUUUAAAGUUGUACCAGGCGGCCUUGCGCGCCGAGGGGCAGCUGAAGGGAGGCUUGGCGACGGCCGGGGAUGCAACUAUGGCUGCGCUGUUCGAGGCAAAGCAAGAGGGGCUUUUGUCGGACACGAAAAAAGGGAAUGUCGCACGAGGAAGCCAAACAGACGAACACGGUGAAGAUCAAGGCGUGAAACAGAUAGGCGAAUCCUCCUCUUCUUCCUCCGAAAAGGCUUCUGCAUGACACGCAUGCAUGCAUGAACGUCUCGAGUUGCUGCCUAGCGUACGGAGGCCAUGCGCGAGACCCGUUCGUUUGCGAAGCGUUGCCCGUCAACAGGACACCUAUCGUGUUGCGGCGCAGGGAUGGUAGUGAAAUCCUUCUAUAUUCCGCGGGUGCGUAGGUUACCUUACAUUAUUUACGUGAUAGACCGGCGGUGUGGCGACUUGUCGCGACCGUAUCGAUCGACAAGUCUAUUCGCAAUCGGAGGUACGUACUGUAGUACGGGACAUUCAUGACUUGCUGCCUUGUUGUUGGGGAGAUGAUGCACAGCUUGACAAAAUGGCAAGCACGGACCUGGUAACAGCGCUUCAGAAACGGCAGGCCUAGUAUGCUCUCUGUUCAUGCUGUACAACCUUCCCGGUUAGGGUACAGUAGUAGUUCCGCUUAGUGGAGGAUGCCGGUGGCGUCUACCGACCCGUAUUAGGGCACAGCAUAGGUGUAAGCAGCACGGAAGAAGCAGACGUGCGUUGCACGUGCGUGGUAGAGGAAACAAAGCACCAGCUGUGUUGGGGACACUGCGAGGUACCGCUCACUGCUACUGCUGAAGACGCAGAUCUACUGUAGAUCUUUUGCCUCGAGUGAUCGCUGCGGAACUGAUCGCUCGUUCGUGCCCUCCCUGCACGUGGAGUCUGUCCUCGAUAAAAAAGAGCUCGGAGAUUUCG